AUGAUAUGCAUAAAAUGUGGCCGGUGUAAUUCCCAAAUUUACACCAUUUUUGACAAAAGCAACAUAAAACUAAAUGAAUGUCAUGAUUGUAAUAAAAUAUGUGAUGAAUAUAUAGAAAAGAAUGCUUUUAUAAUAUUUAUGAAUAUAAUAUUUUUAAGACCAGAAAUAUAUAGACAUAUUGUUUUCAAUAGAUUAAAAUAUAGUGAUAAAUUUAUACAUGUAUUUUUUUUUAAAAUAAUAAUAAUAUUUUUAAUAAUAAAUGUAUAUUUACAUCCAAAAUUUGAAAAUGAUAAUACAAAUUAUAAUAAAUUUACAAAUAUAUUUUUAAUGAAUACAGAUUUAGAUAUACCUAUUCAAAAUACAUCACCAAGUUAUAAUUGUUCUUCUUAUACAUUAUUUGCAUAUAAGUAUAAUGAAAAAAAUCAUUUAUAUGGAUUAUAUAAUAUUUUCCACAAUUCAAAUAUAUCAAACUUAGUUAAUAUAUAUAAAAACCAACUUUUGACUUGUAUUUUUGACAGCAAAUUUAAAAAUGAAAAUGUAUGUAUACCAAAUAAAUAUAAUAAAUAUGCCGAUCAUGAUGAAUGGAUUAUAAAUUUAUUAUUACACAGUAACAAAAACAACCGUUUUAACAUUAAUGGUGAACAUAAAUGCGGGACUAUUGAAGAUGACGAGAUAGAUGAAAAAAAACAAAAAAACACUAACAAUAUUAUUAAUAGAAAACAAACGACCGAUAUUAACAUAACUAAUACAAAAAGACAAUAUGGAAUAACAGAAUAUCUUGAAAAUGGUCUAAAUUUUAUUAAAAAUAAAAUAAAAUAUGAAUCAAUUUUUUAUAUGAAAAAAAGAAAAACAUUGCUUAAAAAUAAUCUUAUUACCUUUAAAGAUUUUGAUGAAUAUACUAAAUUAAACCAAACAAUAAAUGUGCAUAUAUAUGAUCAUAAUAAAGGAUAUAAAAUAACUUUUGAUCAUAUUGAAAAUAAAAAAUAUGAUAUAGAUUAUAUAAUAUCCUUUUUACGUAAUAUAUUUUUUUAUAAACAAGAUGACAGUCUCAAAAAUAGCUAUUUAAAAAAUGAAGAAAAUGUCUACAUACAAAAUUAUAAUAACAACAAUAUUUGUGAAGGAAACCAAAAAUAUGAAUUUAAUAUUUUUGAAAAAAAAAAUUCAAUCUGUUAUGAAUAUGAGCAUAGUGAAUAUAACAUAAAUAGGUUGGAAAAUGUUUGCCCAUAUUUUUUAAAAAAUAUUAAUUUAGUACUUGAUAAAACAAAAAUGGCAAACGAUAUAAAGGAUAAAGAGAAUAUGGAUCAAGACAAUUUUAGUGUAGAACAAAUCAGUAUGUAUUCCAAAAUUUUAUAUUCAAACUUAGACAAUGAAAAAUAUAUUUUAAAAAUAUGUAAUUCAUCAUUCUCAUUUAAAAAAUUAAAAUUAGUAACAAUUAAUUAUUUAUUAUAUUUUUUACUUUUAUGUGCAUUUACACACAUUUUUAAAUUAUAUCAACAAAGAAAAUAUAAAAUAAAUAUUACUAUGGUUAAAUAUAAUUAUUUGUUUAUGCUUUUUAUAUUAAGUAAUUAUCCAUUAGUUAUAUAUUUUAUUUUAAAGGUAUUUAAUUAUAAUUACAUAAAUAUAUAUUUAAAUAUCUACACCCUUGUUUGUAACAUCAUAGCUUAUCAUAUAUUUAUAUCCAAUGAUGGAAAUUACAUUUAUUAUUCUAUAUUUUCUGUAUUAGUAAGUUACAUAUUAAAAACUUUAUUUAUGAUUCAAAUAAUCCCUUAUAUGUAA